GGAAUAUCCCCUUGCCAGAACUUGUGGCGGCUUCAGUGGCUACCUGGGCUGGAGGAAGUGAACUGAACAGAAUCAACAAGAGGAGCGGAGGUUCAGGAACCAAACAAGGACUUCUAUUUUAUCACCGGGGAGGGAUAAAAAGAAAGAAGAAGAAGAAGAAGAAGAAGAAUAAGCCAAAGAGAGCUGCGGAUUCAUUUGAGCGAAAGUAAACCCGCCGAAGGGCUUCGGAUCACCCCGAGAUCACAUUCCAGCAGAGCAAAAUGAGUCUCACCCCGCACUAAGCUUGCAUGACGGACUGAGGGCUCUUUGGACUUAAGUGCACUCAUUCUCUGUCAGCAACUUUGACUAAACGAAUCCAAAUCCUGAGGGGGGCGGAGGAAGAACGCUUUUCCUUAAAAGGAAUAACAGGAAACUUUAAGAUGGAGGAGGGUUACGAGCUCGACCUCACCUAUAUCACAGAGCGGAUCAUCGCCGUCUCCUUCCCUCGGGGCUGCUCUGAGGAGAUCUACUCGCUUAAUCUGAAGGAUGUCACACGAAUGCUCAAAUCCAAGCAUGCAGACAAUUACCUGAUUAUUAACCUGUCAGAGAGAAGACACGACCUCACCAGAAUGAACCCAAAGACUUUGGACACCGGUUGGCCAGACCUACACGCUCCUCCGCUGGAUAAGAUCUGCACCAUCUGUAAGGCCAUGGAGAGUUGGCUCAAUGCCGACCCGUUACAUGUGGUCGUUAUACACUGCAGGGGUGGCAAGGGUCGAAUUGGUGUUGUCAUUUCCUCCUUUGUGCAUUUCACUGACGUGUCUGCCAGUGCUGAUCAAGCAUUGGACCGCUUUGCCAUGAGGAAAUACUACGAUGACAAGGUCUCAGCUCUGAUGACACCUUCACAGAAGCGGUAUGUUUGGAUCCUCAACAGUUUACUAAGUGGGUCCAUGAAGAUCAACGCCUCACCUUUGUUCCUGCACUGUGUCGUCCUCCAUGGGAUCCCAAACUUUGAGGCUGCCAGCAGAGUGUGUUGCCCAUACAUCAAAGUCUACCAAGGAAUGCAAGCAGUGUACUCCUCUGGAGUCUAUCACAUUGGUUCAAAUCACAGGGAUCGCGUGUGUAUCAAUCUGGAGCCUGCCCAGCUCCUGAAAGGGGACAUCAUGAUUAAAUGCUAUCACAAAAGUGAUGUAACGUCAGAACGGGAGGUGAUUUUCCGGCUCCAGUUCCACACGGGAGCAGUACAGGGUUACAACCUGAUAUUUGAAAAGGAGGACAUGGAGAAUGCCAACAAAGAUCCCAGAUUUCCAGAUUACAGCAAGGUUGAACUUAUCUUUUCUGAAGGACCAGAAAGAAUUCCAGGUGCUGACAGGUGGCAAAACGGACCCGAUGUUAUUGUUGAUUACAACACAGCAGAUCCUCUGACCCGCUGGGACUCGUACAAGAACAUCUGUGAUGGUGAAGGUACAGACGCUAUGCUGCUUUAGUUGUAAUUUGACUCAGAAGACGUUAUUUCACCUCUAAGGUCUACAAUGAUGAUUCACCUACUGAAAUUGGAAAUUUCAUGAAUGCAGCCCGAAUCACAGGUGCUAUUUCAAAGUAGUUACUGUUCUGCAUAAACAAACAGUCACACUAACCCCCUUUUUUCUUUCCCCAAAAAUAGCCCAAGCUAUUUAUGAAUAACCUCUCACACCAGUGACACUAACAUGGUUUAUGUAACCCUUUUAAAGUGGCGAGAAAGGAAAGUGGUCAAAAUGCUACCUUGGCAUGCAGUAUGACGAGAAUGGCAAGAGGUGUUGUUUUUGUGGAAAGCAGUGCUGUUUCACUUUGGGAAUGCUGGGUUCAGAGGAAGAGCCGGGGGUUCUCAAGAGAUUUCUUCUUUGUUGACUCUUCAAGUUAAUAGGGAUCCCACACAUGUACAAAUUCUCACUCAUGGACACCCACAUGCAAAUAUGUAUAUAUAUAGUUAUAUACACAUAUGUACUUAGAGAACCACCCUGUCGGAGCGUCUUGUCCUCGCUGUGGUUGUCGCUCUCCACUCAACCACAGCAUUCACAACAACCUCUCAGAAUAGAGCUACGUGGUAGUAACAUUAAAACCCAAAUCCACCCUUUCCCAGUGUUCAUUGAGUGUUUUUAUAAGCCAAGCUUGACUUGAUGAAAACAGUCAGCCUUUUUUUUUUUUUUUUUAACUUUCAUUUUAAAAAAAACAACAACAAAAAAAACAAAAAAAAAAACAAGCACGUCCACACGAAGUUUUAACGCCAGCUUCUGGGAUUGCAAUGAAAAGAAAACCACACAAAUUUAAGAAUUCAUCAAAGGAAAGGGGAGGCAUGAACAAAAGAGCUUUUCUAUAUCCCGACUCCCUUGGUUCCACAGCAUUCAUGUGGGAUGUUUACAGCUUUGUUUUCGCAUGUAAACUCGAACAUAUGAGAGGAGGGAUGGAAAACUUAGCUGAAAUUCUGCAUCUACUUACCAGAAGAGCUCGCCCUGAACCAGUUUGCUUCAAAGACACUCUCACCCAGUGACGUCUCCGGAGGAGGAAGUCUGGAAGCUGUUUGACACCUUAGUGAUAAGGUUGUGAGAAGAAAACGUUAUUUACCUCGGUGUCUCUAUUUUAAUUGGUAGAGUGUGUUUGCUGCAAAGUGAGAAUUAAGAUGAUUGUUGUUUGGUUUAGUUUAUUUUUGAACUGGUCGGGUGUCUUUGCUUAGUGUCGCCACAAACCCUGCUUCUAAUUUGUCACUAUCUUUUAUAGAUGGAAUGAGAUUUGAUUAAAAGUUGAGUCAAUAUUGUAAUGCAUAUAUAAAAGUCUUACACUUUUUUUGUUCCCCAUACAACUUAGCUGACAAGAUAAGUUUCAUAUUAUAUGAUCACGCAUUAUGCUACAUUUGGUGUUUUUGUUGAAUUCUUUAGGCUUGCAUUUUGGGUAAAAGUCUAAAACCGACUGCAUUGUCAAAUUCUAAGCAUAAAUACUCAAAGUAAAUUUUCGCAAAUCCUGAAAUUUACUCGAAUUGAAUUUGUCUUUUCUGAGUAUUCUCUCACGUUGUGCUCUCAUUUAAAGUGGAGGAACUGUGUAUUUUCCAGGAACUUAGUUCCACUUUAUAGCACAGUCACAUACCGUCAGUUGUUAAAAAAUGCUGUAAAUAAAACGUAACCUCAAACAAAUUUGACAUUGUAACUUCAUGCCUUGAAAUUGGCCUCUAUCAAAUCUCCUGCUUUUCCCCCACAUUCUACCUCCAGCAAGUCACCCAAACAAUGUUCAUCCAUUAUGCCAUUUACAACCGUUCUAAAGAACGAUGGACUGAGUAUAAUGGGCUCAGCAGAUGUGCAGCUUCACUAAGUGUUUGCUAAUUGUUGCUGCCGCUAGUCUGAUGGAGCUGGGGGAGGGGUGCUCUGACUGGUGGAAGCUUGGCUGGAAACUGCACCUCCAUGUAGGAGCUUUUGUUGAAAUAAGCAUCUCUUUGUAUGAGUAAGCAUACCUGAAUGGCUGCCAUGAUUUUACAUAACACCCCAUCUGUAAGUCAUUGUUCAUGUAAUGCACAUUCUAAAAGCACACGUAUAGUGCUUCUCAAAAAUAUUCAAAAUGGAACGUAGCAUGGAAAGGUACAAGCGAUAUAAAAAGUUACAAGCACAAACUUAAAUGUGUUUUGCUGGGAUUAUAUGAUAGACCAAGUCACAAUGGUGCAUAAUUGUAAUGUGGACGGAAAAAAAUGACACAUUGGUGGGAAGGUUUGGCAGGAAGUUGAAUGAAGUUAAAUGCAAUGCAAUCCAAGAAGAUAAACAGCUAGAGGCUGAAAAAGAUUUGAGACUAGUGUUGGAAGUUCCAGACCUAAAUCCAAUUGUGAAUCUUUGGUAAGACUUGAAUAUUGCUGUUCACAGACACCGUCAUUUCACUCUGUCUGAGCUUAAGCUAUUGUGCAAAGAAAGACGAGAUAAAAAAAAAAAAUCUCUCCAUAGAUUAGGACUUUAAGUUAAUGGAAACAUAAUGGAUAGCAAUGUUUUUGUUGAAUAUUCCAAUGACCUCAUUAAUUAUAAUCACAACGACCUCAUCAUUCUGGUGGAGCUUGUGCAUCUCCGUUUGUCAAAUCUGUUUUGGGUGUAGUAGUUUGCAUCUAUGAAACAAUAAAAGAAUGCUGCUGGCCAAUUUCAACUUUUUACUUCCACUGUCUACGAAUAGACAAGGCACAUUAGAAUUUUUUUUUUUUUUUGGAUAUUCAGAAAAUAUUAUUGUCUUCAUUAUGUUUUUGACUCCCACUUUUAGUGGAAAGGCAAAAAAGGUUAUAAACGAGACGGAACAGAGAGGGCUGGGUAAUUGCAUAGUCGUACCCAACCAGACUUCCUAAAGCUAGCGCAACUUACGGAAGAGUUGUGGUUUUUCUUCUCUCUGCACUGUAAUUGGUGGAUAUUUUUUAAAGGACUGACAGCACCAUAAUACCAAAUGUAAUGAAUAGAAGAAUGCAGAAAUGAGUGAUUUUUUUUUUUUUCUCCAGCUCACAAGCUUUUAAAAUACUUGUGAAGCUAUGGCUGCAUAUCCAGCGUGAGCAAAAUGACUUAAAUCUGUUUGUUCAAAAACAGUUCAUGAUCUCUAACAAGGCUUUUUUUUUUUUACAUGUUUUUAUCCCGUUUUGUGCUUGAAGGCAGAUAAUGUGUCUUCUUCUGACACACGAGAUUGAGAGGAAAAACAACUUGCCUGCAAUUUUUCAUGAAAAUAGCUCUGGGCUCCUGGCAGAAGUUAAUCUUUGCCUUUAAUUACAAAGUGUCUUUUUUACAGAGUGGAUAUGUCUUGAGCUCCAGGAAUGUUGUUUUCAUCCUCUGUCUUCUCCCCAACCCCCAUCCCUUUCUCAUACGAUAUAUCGCUAUUUUGCCUGCCUCCUAUUCCUUCUUUUCCCCAGUGGGGUAGUCCCGUAAAAUAGAGGCGAGAGGUCGGGUUACUCGUUUCCUCCAACCCUGUUCAGCUCAAUAGCUCCGCCUCACUUGUUUACAUUCCUUUGCCCUUAUAUGGAGAUUUCAAACCCCUUAUUCCCCCCCCACCUCUCCUCUGUAGAGUGCAAAUACUCUCACCUUCACAGCAGAAAAAGAAAACCAGCUAACUUAAUGAAACUUUCGAGAUUUGCCUCCCGUUAUUAUAAGCCACGUUUGUUCUCGUGCAUCUGCAUGGCUUGUUCUCCUUCACAUGUUUGGCUUCACCUGAGACCUUGAAUUUCUGAAAUUCUAACCUGGCAAGGAAAGUGAAGGUAAGAGAUUUUCCUCUUGAAGUCGAUGGGUGGCCAUGAAGGAGUGCAUGGUUGGGGGGCAGUGCUGGAUGUCAGAGUUGAUGAAGGAAAAAAAUGGCAAGAAUUGAGGUGAAGAGGUUAAAUGCCGGCUUACGCUUUGCUAAAUGGAAUGUCAGGAGAAGGAUUUGUUGGAAAACUCCCGGCAGAACAGGCCUGCGCUGAGCUUUAUACUUAAGCUGUUGGAGAUGGGAUGCAGAUUUGUGUGGGGCCCAAACCAUACAUAAAAGUAACCUUUGCGGGAGAAAAGAAGGG